AUGCUCUCGGUAAAUUGGGAUUUGUUAGUCGCCGGCUUGCUCCUCCUUACGGGUGUGCAAGCACUGCCAGCGACCGAUUUCGAUACUAGUUUGCAUUCUCUUUCGAAGCGUGCCGUGACCUGGGACGCCAACUGCAACAAGAAGUAUGGCACCAAUACCGCGAAAGAGUGGCUUCAAAAGAGCUGGAACACGAUCGAGCCUCUGUCCCAGGCUGGUCAUGACGGGCUCGAGAACGUUGUGAAGCUCAUUGAAUUCAAAGCCGGCAUCAGUACGGUCGAUCCCAAGCUAUCAGAGACCGAGCAAUUGAGGCUCGUCCCUCUGUACCAGAUUAUGUUCGGUGAGAUUGAAAAAGACGCCGCAACGGAAACCUUAGACAAGGCAGACGUUGCAAAGCAUGUCACACGGGCCAAAGUCGUGAUGGAGUCGCUCAAGCGACUGGAGGCGAUUGGUAAGAAUAGGAGGCCAAAUCUGAGCAUGCAUUGCGACGAUGAUUUCCUGCAAACAAAAGACCUCAAGAAUAAACCUUACAGCGGACCGGCAGCUAGUACUGGCAAGGUCUGGCGCUUCAACACCGACACUAAGGCCUGGGAACAAUACACGAAUAAUGGAAGGGUGUGCGUCGGACAGAACGCAGGCGUCACCUUUAUAAAGAAGGCGGGACAAAUAACCGCAGAGACCAUGGUCAUUUGCCCAGCGUACUUCGAAAUUCAGGCCACGCUCGAGAAGAAGGACCAGCUCCACCUCUGGGAGCUCAAUCGUGACAGCCUCCCCGAGAAAUACUGGAACAUGGGGGAGGACAAAACGGACGACUUCCACAUGGCCGCCUUCGGCCGCAAGAUCGGCAUGAAGCUGUUUCACGAGAUGAUGCAUACAUCAUUUUUUCAUCCAACACGCAACUACUUCAAAGAUCAGCUUCUCACUACCGGAUUGAAGACCGGACAGAAGGCUUACACUUUUGUUGGCGCUGCGCAGCUCGCAUCGGAGAACAAGGACCUAGCCGCUAAGAACAUCGAUAACGUCGUGUACUGGAGCAUUGCCAAUUACUUUGAGAGGUAUCAUUGGGAGACGGGUUACGCUAGGUUGCCUGGGGCCGAGAGUCCGAAAGAGCCCGCGAAAAGAGCAGAAAGCUGGCAAGUCCGCGGAGAAGAGGAAUCCUAG